GCUAUAAACCUUUGACACAUUCAUUGAUCCUCUUUCCAACACAACCUCCUCGUUGCUCAUCUUCACCGAACCAACCACCUCAACAAUUUUCCAAACCAAAACCUCAAUAGAGAGAAACAAAUUUUUCAGAGGCCAUCAUGGACAGAGAACAAGAAGAGAUGCAAUUUCUUGGGUUCUUUGACAUAUACAAAGAAGCCUCUAAGAUCAUACUUUCAUGGAGGAAAAUCUUCACCCAAAUCACCUCAACACUAAUCCUGCCUCUCUCCUUCAUCUUCCUAAUCCACAUGGAAAUCUCCAACCUCCUUUUCAGGAAGAUCCUCAUCAACGAAAUAGUCAUGGACGAAACAAGGCGUAACACACCCCAAUACAACAAGCUUGACCGCAUGAUCUCUUCUGAAUUGAUCACUCUUGUGCUCUUCAAAAUCGCAUACUUCACUCUUCUUCUCAUAUUCUCUCUCCUUUCUACCUCGGCAGUAGUCUACACCAUCGCAUCAAUCUACACCGCAAAAGAAGUGACAUUCAAGAGGGUCAUGAGUGUUGUCCCUAAGGUGUGGAAAAGGUUAAUGUUGACCUUUCUAUGUGCCUUUGCUGCUUUUUUCAUUUACAAUAUCGUGACCAUGUUGGUUAUGUUCUUGUCAAUAGUCACAAUAGGGAUAAGUAGUGGUGGGGUUGUGGUUUUGGUUUUGAUAACGGUUUUGUACUUCAUUGGGUUUGUGUACCUCACCGUGGUGUGGCAGCUAGCAAGUGUUGUGACCGUGUUGGAGGACUCGUGGGGGAUUCGAGCCAUGGCCAAGAGCAAGGAGUUGAUAAAGGGGAAGAUGGUUUUAUCCAUAUUCGUCUUUUUCACCCUUGUGGCUUCUUUUGUUUCCAUUAGGGUUUUGUUCAAGGUGAUGGUGGUUGAUGGAUGGAGGGUGAGUUCUGUGGACAAAACAGCAUAUGGGGUUCUCUGUUUCUUGCUCUUGUCUUGUUUGUUCCUCUUUGGGCUUGUUCUUCAAACUGUGCUCUACUUUGUUUGCAAGUCCUAUCACCAUGAGAAUAUUGACAAAUCGGCUUUGGCAGAUCAUCUUGAAGGGUAUAGAGGAGAGUAUGUUCCAUUGACAGCUAAGGAUGUUCAGCUGGAGCAAUACCAAGUUUGAUUAAUAAUUUAUAAUAUAGCUUGGAUAAAUUAUAUUGGUGAUGUGGUUAAUUAUAUCUGCUAUGGUUUCUUGAUGUCAUGAGAAAUAUCUUUUGUGUGUGAAAUUAAGGCAGGUAUGAUGAUGUGAAUUUGAUUACUCCAUCUCUAUAUGAUUAUGUAUUUAAUUUACUGUUUGAAAAUAGGAAUCUUUUGCAAAGGUAUUAAUUAAUGCUAUGAGAUGAGUUUAUUAUUUCAUCA